AUGGAGAUUUGGGCGUAUAAAUACAGGGCAGAGGCAGAGGAGAAGGCAGCUCAGAUCCAACUGGCUCUUCGAACCGAGCAGGAACUCUCCGAUACAACCAUGGCACCCACUGUUUUUGGACAAGCAAGCUAUACUAAGGAACACCUGACUCCUGCUCAUAAGCUGAGAAAGCCAAUGGUGGAGAAACUGCGCAGAGACCGAAUCAACACCAGCAUCGAGCAGCUGAAAUCCCUCCUGGGUCCUGAGUUCAUCAGGCAGCAGCCCGACUCUAAGAAAGAGAAGGCGGACAUCCUGGAGAUGGCCGUGGUCUACCUGAGAGGCUGGCAGCAUAUGAAGCAGCAGCAGCAGGCCAACGGGACAUCUGGCCUGAUGAAGGGCAGCGAGGGCUACUCUCGCUGCGUGCAGGAGGCCGUCAGCUUCCUGUCACACUGCGAGGUCCAGACUCAGGCCCACCGACGGCUGCUCAGCCACUUCCAGGGCCAGCAGGCGUCCAGCAACACUCCCUGCACCGUCUCCCCUCCUGGCUCUCCGCUCCAUCAGAUCAGCUCCAGCAAGGGUGUGAGCCAGGCCGGCAGUGCUCUGUGGAGGCCCUGGUAG